CUUCCACUCAGUUGUUUUCCGAGCGAGCAACUUGUAGGUUGUACAAUGCGAUCUCUGUGUUUUUUCCUGCUAAUCUUUUGGUUUUCAUGCCAAAGCGAAGCUAAGGCUAAGGUGUCCUGCAAGGAUGAGUCAGGCAAUGAUGUGGACUGGUGGCACCUUUACAAGCUGCCCAAGCACUAUCAGCGCAAUGAUCUGGGCAAGGAUACCAGUGGCUUAAAGUAUCUGUAUGUCACGAGCCAGAGCUACGACACCUGGCAGAUGUCCGGGAACUUCAUAAGUGAUCCUUUGUCCCUGCCAGCCCAAACCCUUAACCCAUUGAAUCAAGAUCCCACUCAUACUCUUCUGGCUGCCUACAAUGAUCAGCAGCCAAAUGGAACGGUCUUCAGUACUGGAGGUCAUGCCAAAGGAGUGGUGGCCAGCGAUGGAGAGACUGCCAUUUGGAUUGUACAUUCGGUGCCGAAAUAUCCAACUAUUCCGGAAUAUACAUAUCCCAACUCUGGUGAACAAUACGCUCAGAGUAUGCUCUGCAUCACUCUGAAGGCUGAAGAUCUGGAGAAGGUUGGUCAGGUGUUGGUCUACAAUGAACCACAUUUCUACUAUGAAAGGAAUCCCCUGGUCAGUCGAUCGGAUGAACUGUUUCCAAGUUUGGAAAGAGCUUUGCAUGGUCAAUGGCGGACGGAGUCCCCGUUCCAAAAGGACGUUGAUCUUCGCAGCUUGGAUGGCAAGAAGUUCCGUCUGUUUGGAAAGAGUGGACGUGCCAACGUGGAGCUGUAUGCCGAUGUGGUGGCCCCUGCUCUGGAUGUCAGUCUCUUUGUGGAGGCAUGGCGUGAUGGUACUGGCAAUUUGCCAAACAGUUGCGAUAAAUCGGACAAAGUUCUCAAUGUGGAGUCUAUAUCCAAUCCAACUCUAUCCGUGGACUUUAGGACAACCCAGGACCAUUCCAAGUGGGCAGUGUCUCGCCCUACGGGCGUUCUGAUCUACCACUGGCGUGUGGGUGGAGGCGAUUGGAUUUGUGUGGGUGACAUCAACCGUCAGCAGGGUCAGCUGCAUAGAGGUGGCGGCACUGUUUGCCACAAGAGCUCGAGGGUUUCCAACUUGUACCGCCAGCUGGUAGCCAACUACGACAAGUGCUCCGAGGAGUAAUGGGAUCGGGAUUUUAUAAUAAAAUUUCAUAGAAGCGGUAUUUGUAAAUCAAGAUGAGAAAUGAAAAAUACCCUUCAAUACAAAAAUGUCUUUAAUUUUGAAAAACAUAAAAAUGGAGUCAAUAGUAAAAUUAAUGGUACUGUGUUUAGCACUAUCUGAUAUGAUAUAAAGUACCUGAAAGUGUACCAAACAUAACAGCUAAGAUUUAUAGUACGUAUGUAUGUUUUCAUUAUUUUUAAUUCUUCUUUGUCAAAAAAUAAAGGGCAGCACUUUAGUAAUGAG